UCUCUGCUAAAUCCAUCGUUCAGCAGCUUCAGCAAAGAACCUCUGGAACGUCUCACACAUUGACCAUGCAGCUUUGCAUCAAAAGACUUGCGUGCCUGGCUGUCCUCGUUGGGAUUCUGGCCAUGGCAACAACAGCUUCUGCACAAGUGAAGUUAAGCGAGUGCUGCACUAAGGUCAGCACUGAGAACUUCACUGCUCCCAUCAUCGGCUUCAGGAUCCAGCAGAAGAACCUGCCCUGCGUCCGCGCUGUCAUAUUUGAGACGACAGAGGGAGAAAUCUGCAGCCACUGGAAACAGAACUGGGUGGCUGAGAAGAUCAGGGAGCUAGAUCAGGCCCGCAGAGCAAAGAAGACCACUUCUGCCACGACAACCUCCAGCUCAUAGAAAGCACUUCUCACCAUUAGAAUUAUCAAUUGCCAAUUAAUUUAGAAUUAAUUUAACAUAUUAAAAAUGUUUGCAUGUGUUACUCUGCAAAUGGUAUUUAAUAUUUAUAAUAAUUUAUUUGUCUCUUUUUAAUAAUCUGUGUGCUUUUUAGGCAUAGUAGCAAUCAAAGAUACAAAACAAGUCUUUGUUUUACAGUAAAAACUGUAAGAGACUUUUCUUCUGUCUGCUCUAAACACAAUAAAUGUUUCUUCACACAA